AAUGAUCUUCGAUCGGUAGUUCACAUUUAAAACCGUCUGAUUGUACAAUAAAUGGCGAUUCGUAGGGUGAUCUAUUCUGUUCAAAGUUUCUUCUUCUUCGUCGUUAGUAGUUGAGUUGAGCUGAAUAUACACGAGGCGAUAGUUCUACAAGGGAAGCUUUCUCCAUAAUUAUGGCUUUGAAGACAUUAGAAAAAGCUCAUUGAAACUGUGCCGUGUUUACUAACGAAUAUUCACCAGGGUGUCCUAGCGCAUUACUCCAGACGUCAAAAACUACGACGUCUCUUUCGGGUUUUGCGUUUAUUCAAGGAACGAGUGACAUUUACAACUAAAUCCUGGGAAACUAUCGUACUAUGUAAUAUUUUCGUGCACGGUGCGACGACCGAACGAUCUCUCCAGACAUUCCCUUAUCGUGGCUGGACGAUAUUGCCUUCUAAAUCGUGCAGAUGACCUGAUCUCUUUGGAGCAUCUACCAAGUCAUCUUCUGUUUGGGACAGAAUUUCUUGAGUUAAUGUAGUUGAGGGAUAUACUUCUUAUCAUGUUUUGGGCUAAUAAUUAUGUCUCUUCACCCCACAUUGAAGCACUCCUCAAUAAAGAGGAUGUCACGUUGCAUGAACUUAUGGAUGAGGAAGACAUUUUACAGGAAUGCAAAAGUCAAAAUAAAAAGCUUGUGGAUUACUUAACAAGACCAAAGGUUAUGGAGGAAUUGGUGACACUAACAACAAGAGAACCAUCUCUCAAUAUAGAUGAACGUUGGAGAUAUAAAUAUUCAAAUGUUGCUUGUGAAUUACUUACUUCUGAGGUUCCUACGCUCAAUGAAAAGCUAGCAGGGGAUGAGACACUGUUGUCCAAACUGUAUGCCUUCAUAGAUACGGAUGAGCCAUUGAAUCCAUUAUUAGCAUCAUUUUUCAGUAAAACCAUUGGAGUUCUAGUAGCUCGAAAGAGUGAUCAGAACUGGUAUUCCUAUCAGUUCACGUGUCUCCAGGUUUUAGAGUUUCUGAAAAGUCGCCAGCGUUGCGUCGAUCUUCUUCUGCGACAUUUAGAAACCUCUGCUAUAAUGGAUUUGAUUUUAAAGUUGGUGACUCAAGUGGAAGGCAACGAUAUGCGUCAAAAUAUUCUAACUUGGUUGGACAGUCAGGAUCUGGUGCAGAGACUUGUACAACUUUUGUCACCUUCCGCAGGGGUAACGAGACAUGCAAACGCAGCACAGCUGCUCUGCGAUAUGGUGAAAGGAGCCCGUGAGAACAGAAAUACUAUGGAACGUGUAGAUCCUGAUCCCAUUCUAUAUACUCUAGAAUCAGAUGAAAUUGUAACUUUGCUACUAGAAACAAUAUUAACUGGAGAGAAAAUGGAAAGUAGCAUCGUAGGUGGCAUACAAGUGCUUCUGGUUUUGCUUGGUCAGAAAGCCAGCAAUGUGACCAAUGAGGGAGACGUACAAGGAAUUGGAGCUGGAGAAGAUUUUACCGAUAAUAAACAACGUACGAAAAUUUCAAUAGCUACCUUGCCGUACCUGGAACAUUUUCACCAACUUCUUUUGGACCCGCCCAAGAAGCCUGCAGUGAAAACCACUGCAGGAAUAUUGGAGUGUCCUUUAGGAAACACAAGACUUCAUGUUGCGAAAUUGCUAACGUCUCUUUUAUCGACGGAAAAUCCGAAAAUACGGGAGAAACUAGCAGAACUAGGAACAUUCCAAACUUUACUGGACUUAUUCUUCAAAUAUUCGUGGAAUAAUUUCUUGCACACUCAAGUAGAACAGUGCUUGGCCCUAGCGAUAAAUAGCACUUGUCAUGAUACUAAUGAUAUUAUUUAUCCUCACCUGUUUAUCAAGUGUAGAUUAAUUGAUAGAAUUCUCGAGGCCUGGGAUAAAAAUGACAACAAACAGAACACAGAGAAAGGUGUCAGACAGGGUUAUAUGGGACAUUUGAUCAAUAUUGCCAACAAUAUCGUGGCUCAAUGUGAGGAGAGCAAUGUCAAUAAUUUUUUACAAGCCAACUUGUCCUCAGAAUGCCUUAAUAAGUGGGAGGCCCUAGUGUCCAAUCAACUGGCCGAGAUCAACAAGACUCAUCAGAUACAAUUGGGUGGUAUACCCCAAACAUGCAUGACCAAUUCCGACGAGAAUCCAAACGAGUACAAUACAUUUUCACACGAUGCGUACAUGCAGCAGGCUUAUACUAACUACCAGGAACAACAGAUGACGCCUCAAUUGAUAGAGAAUUAUGGAUAUCAUGAUGAUGAGUUCAAUGACGGUGACGAUACUCUUGCUAAUUCUGUUGAUCAGUUAAAUACUGUGGCCUUCAAUCUUACCGAGGAGGAUCUCGAUAAAGGAGAAGAAAUGUUCAACCAGAUUUGCCAACAAAAACAAAGAGCAGGAAUCGAGGAGAGCAGCGGUACUGGAGAAUGGAAUGAUGAUGGCGAGCUAACGUUUCAAACUGUCAUCGACAAGAGGGACUGGCCUACGAAGCAGCAACACCACGAUUCAAAUUCCUCUGACGAGGAUGAGGACGAUCCGCACGACUUACAUAUGGAGGUGGACGGUACUGAUCAUAUAUUUUCAAAUGUUACAGAAUGGGACUCGACAGAGCCUUUGUCGACCAACGUAGUCCUCCCUAAAGUCAAUCCUUGGGAUGUAGUACCGUCUGAACCUGUUGAGCAAUCUGGUUGGGCAAACUUUGACAAUUUCGAGAGUUCCCUCAACAUAGAUGGCAUUCCUGAGACAGAAGCCAAAGCUUCUGAGCACGAAGUUCAAGCCAAUAAGCAGGACAACACUACUGGAGGAGCAACUACGGACGAUAAAUCGAUAUCCGAUAAGAAUUCAACCAGUGCUGGUGACACUGUAAAAAUCGAUGCUAAUGACACAGUGCUCCCGUCACAUGACACUGAUAAGACUACCACAAAUCGAAAGAUUAACGAGGAUCAGAAGGAUUCUGUAAAUACAGCAGACAGUAAUGCCAAUCCCAGUGAAACCUCAGAUAGCGGGAAAACGGAUAGUAAAUCUGUCAAUGACAAGGGUUCCAGGGUGCACGUAGUGGAGAUUAAAGUAGCAACUGAUAAGAAACAAGAUGAAGUUACUCUGAGCGAUGACGGUGCUACGACCGUUGUCGAAGCUGAAAGUGAGAAGGCGCAGGUCGCAGCUGUUGAUAAUAAUACAUCCAUCGCAUCCUCGGCGUCAUCCACGUCGCAGGUUCUGGAUGCACAAUGAGAGAUCUCUCGCGGAGGUUUGGAACAGCAAUAGUGAUAAAUCAUAUCAGAACGACCUUACCAUUUCCAGAUUAUGAAUACUUUAUAUUUCUAUAUGUUCCGUUAUAUUUUGCGUUUUUAUUUUUACUAUGCUUCACACCAACGACCGAACGUUGCAGGUGAACACUUCUAAAGUAACUGAGCAGGCUGUCGACAUAUGUAACGCGUAUAUAUAUAUUAUACACACGUAACACAAACAAAACACAUAUAGAGAUGAAUACACUCCAGUAAUGAAAGAGGAGAAAAAAAGAAAGAAAAAACUUUAUCGAUAAAUUUUCUAACAUUUGCCUACACAAAAAUAUAGACACAUAACAAUAACGGGAUGAUGAAAAAGAACUUUGACAAUGCUCAACUAUAGUUAGUGAAUCGUUUGAUAACUGUAUUUAAAUGCGUUUAUUGUUCUCAAGUGGGCGGGGGUUGGGGGGUUGCCAGUGUUCAUACGUAUCUAUUGAAUCUAAUUUCUAUCCCUGUAUUUUAUGCCGAUUGUUAACACUCACAUAAAGUUUACAAUUAUAUACAGUAUAUAAAUCAUUGGUAUAAAAUAUAAAUUUUUUUAAAAGUAAAUCAACUAUUGCUGAUCUAUCAUUGCCUGACGUUCGUCCACGUUACGUUAGCGUCGCGGAACUAGAUGAAUGGGGCCAGAAUAUUCACGGAUGAACAUAUUGCAGGCGGCUACAGGCGGGUAAACUGACAGAUUGUCAGACGAAAGUAAGAUCAGAUAACUUAAAUUGGAAAAAAAGAGAAGAAGGGAAAAGCGAGUGAACCGCGAAAGCUAAGGUCUCUCUAAUUGCGAUUAGACUGCUUUUAAAGGAUAUUUUUAAUUCCUAGCUGUAAUAACAAGUAUUAUCACAAGCAUUGUAUACCAUAAUGUUCUUAGGUAAAGAUGAGGCUGGUCCUAUAUGACCCGUGUUUUUCAGUAGGAGCGUUAAAAGAGAUAAAAAAAAAGGAAACACAUCAGACACCACAAUCAAUCCGUAGUUGCGACAUAGUGUGACUCUCCUCUAUGUAUCUCUCCGUUUUCAUCUCUUCUGUUGCAAGAAUUACUUCGGAUCUAUUAGGACUUCUAUCUAUCGUGAUACGAGCUAGCUUAUGCUUUACAAAAUAGCACGUGCGAAAGAGAAGGUGAGAGCGUGAAAAAGAGAAAAGCGAAUGGUUGAGUGAAUGAUAACAAAAGAGAAGGAGAGUGUGUGAAACAAAGAAAACAAUGAUGGUGAUGAGGUUAAGGAUUAAAGCAAUUUAAGAAGGUGCAGUGCCUAAUAAUUGGCUGAGUUGUGCGUAUAAUUAAAUAUAUGUAUAUCUUCUAUGCCAAGCCACACAACAGACGUAUAUUAUUGUGAUGCGAGAGAGAAGAAAGAUAUCUCUAUUUUUAUUAUUUUGAAGAGUAUACUUGAAGCCCUGUGCGAAACGUUGGGUUGUCGAGAUCCUCGCGCGAACGAAGAACCGACUAAAAGAGCGUAUCGGAAGGGUUCACGCUUCAAAAGUGCCAAGUAACUUAAAGGAUGAAAAAAAAAAGAUAAAGAGAGAAAGAUAAACGGGCUAGGCUUUCUUAAACACUGUAUGAUUCUGUACAAUUGUGUUCGAUCCCUUUUUUAAUGAAGCGUUCAAUAACGGCGACCUUUCCUUCUGCCUUACACUACGUGCACGACAGUAUAUAUUGUAUUUACAGCAUUGUACACGACAGUUGUACAUAAUUAGCGAAUAAAUAGAAAUCUACCUACGAGGUACUACGUCACGACUUCA